GGCGGCUCUGGGGCCCUUGGGUGGCCGGGGCCAAAGAAGGAGAAGGAAGCCGAGGAGGUCGGGGUGACUGCUUAGAAAACUGCACAGCCCACGAACAGCUGAUGAAAUUAGCAAAUAAGCAAGUCAACUAUGUCUUACACUCCAGGAAUUGGUGGUGACCCUGCCCAGCUGGCCCAGCUUAUCUCUUCCAACAUCCAGAAGAUCACACAAUGUUCUGCGGAAAUACAGAGGACUCUGAAUCAACUUGGAACACCUCAAGAUUCACCUGAAUUGAGGCAGCAGCUGCAACAGAAGCAGCAAUAUACGAACCAACUUGCCAAAGAAACAGAUAAGUACAUUAAAGAGUUUGGAUCUCUACCCACCACCCCCAGUGACCAGCGUCAAAGGAAAAUACAGAAGGAUCGCUUAGUGGCGGAAUUCACCACAUCACUGACAAACUUUCAGAAGGCGCAGAGACAGGCUGCUGAGAGAGAGAAAGAGUUUGUCGCUCGAGUAAGAGCCAGUUCCAGAGUGUCUGGUGGUUUUCCUGAGGAGAGCUCAAAAGAAAGGAAUCUCGUGUCCUGGGAAAGCCAAACUCAACCUCAGGUGCAGGUGCAGGAUGAAGAAAUUACAGAGGAUGACCUCCGCCUUAUUCAGGAGAGAGAGUCUUCUAUUAGGCAACUUGAAGCUGAUAUUAUGGAUAUUAAUGAAAUAUUUAAAGAUUUGGGAAUGAUGAUUCAUGAGCAAGGAGAUGUAAUAGAUAGCAUAGAAGCCAACGUGGAAAAUGCUGAGGUGCACGUCCAGCAAGCAAACCAGCAGCUGUCAAGGGCGGCAGACUAUCAGCGCAAAUCCAGGAAAACCCUGUGCAUCAUCAUUUUUAUCCUUGUUAUCGGAAUUGUAAUUAUCGGUCUCAUCAUAUGGGGAGUGAAAGGCUAAUAUUAUAAAGGAGCACACUAUUGCACUACAUUAUGUAAAUUAUGUAGGAAGAUUCCUUUAAUCAUGGUAGGUUUUUUUUAUUGUUAUUAUUUUAAAGCUGUUGCUUAAAGGAUGGUUCCCAUACUUUGUUAUUUUUAUUUGGGGGGAAGUUUUCUUUGGAUUAAAUCUGAUAUUUUCUAAUACUGAAAGUUUUUUUAAAUAUCACUGCUGGCAUAGCUUCAAGCUUUUCGACCUAGUAACUGUUAGUUUUUUGCCCACAUUGCGUAUGCCUUUCGUUUAUAAUUUAUUUAUCCUGUUGACUUAGUUUUUGGAAUUAGUAAAUUCAAAGGUGUGUGUGUGUUCUGUGUGCACCUCUCUGUCACAGUGUAACAUGCACCCACAUUUGUGUUACUUCAAUUACAUAUCUUAAAUUUAAUUUUGAUUUGGGCCAGCAGAGGAAGUAUUGUCAAUAACUUUAAAAAUUAACAUAUAUGUUUGUGUUUGGAGUUUUGUUUUUAUCUAGUUCACAGCAACACAAAUUGUCUAUUUAACUUUUACUGUUAUUUUUCUCUUAAGACCCUUGUUUAUUCUGAAUGAAAUCAGUGAAUAACUUCCUAGUAUAUCUCUUACUCCUGAUGUGUAUAUAGUAAGCAUUUGCUGUAGAUUGGCUAGUAAAUACUAAGGAUAGAUUGUUUUUAUAUAGGUUCUGUUUAAGUUUCACGUUCGUUUGCAGGGGAUUGUGUGGUCACUAUAAAUGUUUAAUGUGAUUUGGAGGAAGAGUAUGACAGAUCAAUACCUACUGUGUUAGAAUUCUAAAGAUCCCAAUUUGUAUUUGCCUGUGUAUUUCCACAGCUGUUAUGAUGGAAAAUUAAUUACCUUCUCUUAUGUCCUAUAGAAUAAUAAAGAUUACUUUUGGGAAGUAACUUUCCCACAGUUACCGUUUUUGAGCACCUAACACUUAAAAUUCUGUUUCCCUUCAUACCAUUUUGUACCAUCCUUCAUUAGAAAGGGAAUUGGAUGUUCGCCACUUAACUCACUUGCCUUUUUUAAUCAAUGUUGUUUUAAUGCACUAAUCUGAAUACUGUAAAGAAGAUUAUCUUAGUUUAUAGUUUGUAUUUUAUAAUGUUCUUAUAUAGCAGUUUGAUAGUGAAGGCAAUGUUUUACAUGGCAAGCUAUGAGACUUCAAAUGGGAACAAAUAAAAUAUUAAGUAACUAAGUAAAUUGUAUCUUUGCAACCAAAAUAAAGAUGAUUUUAAAA